AUGGCGAGAUAUCUCGGACUAAGAGGCGGAAGCCUUGCGACUGUAAUCAGUGCUGUCUGCGGACUGUGCUUCUUGUGCUUUGGCUAUGCGCAGGGUGUCAUGGGCGGUCUUUUGACUGUACAACCUUUCCUCGACCGCUUUCCUCAAGUAGACAUCUUGGAUCCUGCCCAGACAUCGUUCCACGAUGCGUGGGUCACAGGUCUCGCCGUUGGAUCGUGGCAUCUGGGAUGUUUGGUUUCCGCCAUCCUCUGCAUCUUCGUCAGUGACUCCCUCGGCCGCCGACGGACGCUUCUUCUCGGCAUUACACUCUGGACUAUUGGCGAGAUUAUCCAAACAUCAUCAUACAGCUUCGCACAGUUCAUCGUAGGGCGAGGAAUUGCCGGCUUUGGCAAUGGCUUCACCACAUCCACCGCCCCUGCAUACCAGGCAGAGUGCGUCAAGUCGCACCGCAAGGGAACCAUCCUCAUGAUCAGCGCGGGUGCGUUCGUCGCCGCUGGAUACGCGCUCUCGUACUGGCUCGUGUUUGCCUUUGCCUACCUCGAGAACUCAUCUGCAGCUUGGCGGGUUCCCAUCGCUUUUCAGAUUACAUUCGCUCUACCCGCUAUCGUGCUGCUGUUCUUCCUGCCAGAUUCACCGCGAUGGCUCAUACUGACAGGACGAGAACAAGAAGCGCUGAACGUGCUCGCCGCCCUGAACGAUACCGAUGUCGAUGAUUUCGAGAUCAAGGACGAGUUCUUGCAGAUCAAAGAUGCUAUCUUGAUCAUGGCACAGGGCUCAACAGCAAGCAUGUUCUCGAACCAGGAGCGACGUGGCUUCCAUCGUGUGGUUCUCGCCUACUUUGUCCAGAUCUUCCAGCAAGGAACAGGUAUCAAUCUUGUCUUGCAGUAUCUCAGUUGGAUCUUCCUUACUCGCAUGUCGUACUCCGGAUGGCUUGCACGUCUCCUUGCUGGAUGCUCUGCCACUACAUACUUCACUGCAAGUUUUGUUGCGGUUGUUGGUAUCGAUCGCUUCUGGGGUCGAAGGUCGUUGAUGAUGUUUGGUGCUUCCGGUAUGAGUGGUUGUAUGAUCCUCAUCACCAUUACACAAUACCUCUGGACCGAGCGCAACGUCGCCUGCACAAGGAUCGCUAGUACUGUGUUUCUCUUCGCAUUCUCCAUGUUCUUCGCCAUCGGUUGGCAAGGAAUGGCAUGGCUUUACCAAGUCGAGAUUGUUCCGCUGAGGAUUCGUGGCCCGGCAAACGCAAUGAGCACUAGUGCCAACUGGAUGCUUAAUUUCAUUGUUGUCUUCAUUACGCCAAUUGCCUUCACCAAUAUCGGUUACCGCACCUGGAUCAUCAUCGCCGCGACAAACUUCGCCAUCAUCCCUCUCGUUUACUUCUUUUAUCCUGAGACCGCAUUCCGUUCGCUCGAAGAGGUCGACGUCAUAUUCGCACUUGCCGAUGAAGAACCCGGCAACCCCUGGCUGAACGUUGUGAAGAUCAGCCAGAACGAGCCCUUAUGGUUUGGCAAGCGCGGCGAGAAGCGACUAAACUUCCAGUAUCAGAACAGCUCUUGGCACCGCAAGCUGAUGGGCAGCAGUGGCAGCAGUGGAAACGGCACUGGAAGUGACAGAGCCAUGAACGAAAAAGAUCAGGCAGCAGAAGACUUUAACCGCUCACUCCAGCCUGCAGAAGCCGGUGUUGGCAUCGUCACAUCGAACUGUUAUGCAGGUCAAAACUCAGUGUACAAAACUACAGCUCCAGAGUCGCCCGUCGAUCCUCAGCUGUCUCCUAACUCGGAAGAUACCUCACCGAUAUCAACAACAGGCAACAGGAAGCUGCGCAGGAAGAGCAGCCGGACCCACCCUCACAACUGUCAGCAUCAUGACUCUCUCAGCAGCGAACCGACACUUAUACACGCCGACUCACUCGACAGCGCUGACCCUCCACCAAUCCACAGAAACAAAAGUGAUAGGGAUACAUGGUACCAGAGUAAAGAAUCUCUUGCGUCUGCUGAAGCCACUGGAACACACUCCCGUAGGAAUUCGACUUCACCACCCUCUCCACGAUCGCCGCCUCCCUCACGCGGUCGACAAGGCCGCCCCCGCCCAACAACAGCAGAUACACAGCGGAGCUUUUUCCAAAACGACGACGAUUCCGAUCACCACGCCAUCACAGCCUAUGAGCGCAUCGAGACGGAAUCACUCAGCUCGGUCAACUAUCCUGGUAGACUCGACACCGAUGUCAGGAGGGGUUUCAUGCACACAGCGAGCGGGCGGGACACGUAUCUGCCGGACGGGCUGGUUGAGCAAUUGAGAGACGGAAGUGUGGAGCGGAGCGUAGAGAGGAGGAUGAGCGCUGGGAGUACAGACGGAAGACGAUACGCCGCGAGGGACGCUGUGAGAGCGCAUUGA